UGAUAUACAUACGUAUACACCAUCACGCAAUACAAUGAUCACAAUUUGGUUUUUCUUGUUGAUGAGCUUCAUCACCAUCACCAUCACCAAAGGUAGCUCUUCUCUUGAUCUAAGACAUCGCUGCCCAGAUAGACUUUAUUACACUCCUAACAGCCCCUACAAAGCCAACCUUGACCUUCUUCUCUCUAAUCUCUAUUCCAAUGCCACCCGAGACAACGGUUUCUACUACACCACCGUCGGCCCUGGCGGCGCUUCCAACGACACCGUGUACGGCUCGUUCUUGUGCCGGGGCGACGUCUCCCCGGACGUUUGCCGCAACUGCAUUGGAGAUGCCCGUAAAGAGAUACUAGAGAUUUGCACCAAUGGAACGACGGCUAUGAUUUGGUUCGAUAACUGCAUGUUGCGUUACUCGGAGACGUCCAUGUUGGGGAAGUUCGACCAGACGACAUGGUUCACGAUGAAUAACAAGGAUAACGAUACUCAACCAAAUGCGUACAUGCGGUUGGUGGGGAAAAUGUUGGACGAGAUAACCACUCGGGCUUCCACUGGCUCCGACAAGAAAUUUGCUGUUUUAGAAGCUAAUUUUAGUGUGUUUGAGACGGUGUAUGCUCUUGGACAGUGUACUCCUGACCUUUCUAACGUUGACUGUCAAAUAUGUUUCAGAAGUGCUAUUGCAUUGCUGCCUCGUUGCUGUAAUGGCGCCGUGGGUGCUAGAGCUGUGUACCCUAACUGUUACGUUAGGUACGAGCUUUACCCUUUCUACAAUCUCUCGGCCGUGGCCGCACCGGCGCCCCCUCCUAUCCAUCCUCCUCCUCCUACUAUGCUUCCCAAUUCCGCUAGCAGCAAAGGGAAUAAAGGAAAAUCUUCUGGAAAAGUGAUUAUUGCAGCCUCUGUAGGGUCAAUCACUGGGAUAUUGCUCUUCGUUUUAUGCUUCUGUUUCUUGAAAAAGAGAAGAGCUAAGAAGGCCCUUUCAGUGAAGGAGACAAUUGCUGACAUGACUGAGAUUCCAACAGAGGAGUCGGUACAAUAUGAGUUCAGUACUAUUGAAGCUAUCACAAAUUGCUUCUCUCCGGAUAAUAAGAUUGGUGAAGGUGGAUAUGGUGCUGUUUACAAGGGAAGGCUUCCCAACGGACAAGAGGUAGCGGUGAAGAGGCUAUCAAAAAGUUCAACACAAGGAGUUGCAGAAUUCAAGAAUGAGGUUGCAUUGGUUGCCAAGCUUCUACAUAGAAAUUUAGUAAGGGUGUUGGGGUUUUGCUUGCAGGGAGAAGAAAAGAUACUUAUCUAUGAGUUUGUUCCCAACAAAAGUCUUGACUACUUUUUAUUUGAUCCAGUGAAGAAGCAACAAUUGAAUUGGCCCACUCGUUAUAAGAUCAUAGAAGGAAUAGCUCGUGGACUCCUUUAUCUUCAUGAGGAUUCAUAUCUCAAAAUUAUACACCGUGAUUUGAAAGCAAGCAACGUGUUAUUAGACGAAGAUAUGAACUCAAAAAUAUCUGACUUUGGCCUGGCAAAGAUUUUUAUGAUUGAUCAAACUCAAGAAAAUACAAGUAGAGUUAUCGGAACAUAUGGGUACAUGGCUCCCGAAUAUGUUAUGCGUGGCUUGUUCUCUGUGAAGUCAGAUGUUUUCAGUUUCGGAGUUUUACUCUUAGAGAUUAUAACCGGAAUGAAAAAUAGUUCUUUCCCCAGCUACAUGGAAUCAUCUGGACCUCAAGAUCUUCCUAGCUAUGCUUGGAAGCAUUGGAGGGAGGGCAGACCCUUAGACAUGGUGGAUCAAAGUCUUGGAGGAUUGUAUUCGAGGAAUGAAGUGAUUCAAUGUAUCCAUGUUGGGCUGUUGUGUGUCCAAGAAGAGGUGGAUGAUAGGCCAACAAUGGCGAAUGUAGUGCUGAUGCUAAAUAGUUAUUCUGCUACAAGGAGGACACCUAAUCCACCUGCAUUUUUCACCGGUUUAAGUCAGAUUUUGGCAGGACAAGAGGCGGUUCAAUCCAGAAACAAGCCAAAACCAUUGUCAUUGAAUCAAGUUUCCACUUCGGAGCUCUAUCCUAGAUAAUUUUAGGCUGAAAUAUUUUUUUUUUUAUACAUUAAGUUUAUUUUUAGCCUACGCCAGACUACUUAUAAGUUCUCAUAA